AUGACAAUAUUACAGACAUUUAUGGGUAUUACCCUUUUAACAACCUCCUUAACUGGCGAAGCCACGGGAAAGAUAGGCCGAUAUGGUUCAACUGCCAUUCAAUAUGUUUGCUGUGGUGGGAAAGAAGCCACUGGCUUUGUCGUUACUUCUAAUUUAAGCCAGGCUACUAGUAAUUUGGCUUACUGUGCUAGUGGUUUGCUUGAAGCUGGCGAAACUGGUUUCAAAAAUAUCAGUCGUUCGACCAAUUUAAUUCGUGACGAAGAAUACCGAGAUUUAAAUGUGAAGUUUAAUUUCAAAACUGCGCCAGGAACUUGCGACCAAAUUGAAAACCGAAAAUCAGAUAUUGUAAAUGCUCAUCGAAUGGGCAGAACAACAAUCGGAGGUUUUUCUGGACUUGUUCUUGUGCCUGACCCACAACUUAAUAAUAGUAAAGGUUCAACGAUUAAAUUAACUAAUGAAAUAAAAGAAAGCAACAAAAAACUUGAAGUUUGGCAAUCACCUUAUUCGGCUCAUGCUGUCUCCUUAGUUGUUCGUAGUUAUUUAGCCAACCAAAGACAAGCAACUAGUAAAGUGAAAAGCCGCGGAGAAGUAAAAGGAAGCACGAGAAAAAUUUAUCGGCAAAAAGGAACCGGUGGUGCGCGCCAUGGUUCUCGCUAUGCUCCUCAAUUUCGGGGCGGAGGAAUAUCUUUUGGACCGACUGGUCAAGAAAACUAUCAUUGUCAAAUUAAUAAAAAGACCAAAGAAGCCAACAAAUUCCUCACUCAACUAAAAUUAAAUGCGAAAAAAGUAUUAAUUAUUUUCUCUACGCAAGAAAGUAAAAAUGAAGCGACAAAAAGAGCAUUUCGCGACCAAAUAAUAAUCACUGGCUUAGAAGCAAAAGAUUACCGAAAUAUUGACCUUGACCAUCCAGUUGUGUUUACUCCUAAACAACUUGUCGGUAAUGAAUAUUCUUUGAAAGCCAAAAAUGCGAGCUUGUGGGAAAAAUUUCGCAGCACUAGUUAUUCCACCAUUGAUAAUGAAAUUAAGCCCGGAGAAAUCGACCAAGCCCAAAAAGAGAAAAAAAUAACCAUUGACUGA